CUUUAACUUCUAGUGGUCGGUAUUUUUCAAAAAAAAUGGCUGCCUUAAAAAUAUCCAAAAAGAAGUCUUGUUGAUCUUGCCAUCUAAUACAAUACAAUCAUCUUUUAAAGUCCCAACUAAAUACUCUUAAAUUCCUAAUACCCAUCACCAUUUAAGGCCAUAAUCUUCCAUUAGUGGUGAAAACUACAGAGAAAUGCUCUUAAAUUUGAUGUUAUCACAAAAACAAUCAACAAUUUUUGCAGUUGUUCCCGCACAAUCCCCAUUGAAAAUGAAAUUGAAAUUGAAAUUGAAACUUACUUACCAACAUCAAUUUUGGGUACGAUCAUCAACAAAUGAUUCUAAAGACCGCAAAUUACCCUUCAAAAUUCCCCUUCAAUGGCGGAAUACCAAGUGGAAGUUCAAUGAUAUAGACCCAGAUGCUGUGAAGAAAAACUUGAAUACAUUGCUAUCAAGGACCCACAACUUCAUAAAUGAAGUGACUGCUCCGCUGGUCAAAACAGGAAAAUCUGAUGACAGUGAUGAUGUUGAUCUUCAUGACAGCGAGGACCUGCAUGUGGGAGAACUGAGCAUUCAGAGUGAACUGCUUAAUGGAAAUCUUUCUUUGGCUGCCGUUGUUUCAAUUGAACAGUUCAGUAGGAUGAAUGGAAUGACCGGCAAGAAAUUGAAAAAAAUAUUUGAAGCCCUUGUGUCUGAAUCCAUGCACAAGGAUGCUCGUAAUUUGGUCGAGUAUUGCUGCUUUAGGUUUUUGUCAAGGGAUAAUACAGAUGUUCAUCCAUGCCUUGAGGAUCUUGCCUUCCGGAGGCUGAUAUUCAUUACUAUGCUUGCAUGGGAAAAGCCUUACAGACUAGAAAAGGAAUCAUAUCCUAAUGGCUCUGAAGAGGCAUCUUUACAGACAAGGCUUGUCAGCGAAGAAGCUUUCAUUCGCAUUGCACCUGCUAUAUCUGGUGUUGCUGAUAGAUCAACUGUUCAUAAUAUCUACAAGGCUCUUGCUGGUGAUAAAGAGGGAAUCUCUUUCAGCAUAUGGUCCUCCUACAUUAAUGGUCUUUUGAAAGUGCACAAUGAAAGGAUUUCCUAUGAACUUGAAUUUCUCCUUAGUCCAUCAGAGCAGGUCUUGUGUGUGGGUUCUAGCAGGAAGCAGCCUGUUUUAAAAUGGGAGGACAACAUGGCGUGGCCAGGAAAACUAACAUUGACAGAAAAAGCCCUUUAUUUUGAGCCAAUAGACUUUUCAAAGAGCAAAAAAGUUGAGAGAUUGGAUAUCACCGGACAUGAUGCUCAGGUGAAGAGGACUAAAGUUGGUUUAUUUGGGUCAGAGCUCUUUGACUCAGCGGUCUCUAUUUCAGCUGGUGAUAAGGAGUCGAAGCCAUGGGUAUUGGAGUUUAUUGAUCUUGGGGGCGAUAUGAGGCGAGAUGUUUGGCAUGCAUCCAUAAAUGAAGUUAUUGCUCUUCACAAGUUUGUGCACGAAUAUGGACCUCAAGAAGAUGAAUCUAUUUCUCACGUUUAUGGUGCUGAUAAGGGAAAAGAAAGAGCUAAAAUUAAUGCGGUUAAUAGUAUUUCUAGACUUCAAUCACUCCAAUCUAUCAGGAAGUUAUUGGAUGACCCUUUGAAACUUCUUCAAUUUUCAUAUUUGCAAUAUGCUCCAUAUGGUGAUGUUGUGUACCAAACUCUUGCUCUGAAUUAUUGGGGCGGACAGUUACUCACAAAAUCUCGGAAACUACGGGGUGUUCAUCCAAAGAAUGCUAGGUCAAUGAAUGAGACUUCCCAAAUAAAUUACCAUGUCCAUGAUUUAGAUGGAAGUGUCUAUUUGAGGCAAUGGAUGACAUCUCCUACUUGGGCUUCUAGUAAUUCUGUUUCCUUUUGGAAGAUUACACCUCUUAAGGAAGGGUUAGUACUUAGCAAAAAUCUUAUUGUUGGUGGUGCGUCCUUGACAGAAAGGGCAUCAAAAAUAUGUCGAGAAAAAAGUAAAGUUCUUGAGAAAACGCAGGCUACUAUUGAUGCUGCUACCUUAGAAGGGAUACCGAGUAACAUUGAUCUUUUCAAGGAACUUGUUCUCCCUUUAUCAAUUAUGGUCACGAAUUUUGAAAAGCUUAGACACUGGGAGGAUCCAUUCAUGACCAUUGCUUUUCUUGGAUUGGUAUAUUCUAUUAUUUUCAGAAACCUGUUGCCAUAUGUAUUUCCUACAACAUUGAUGGUAGCAGCAACCAUAUUAUUGUCAUUGAAGGGACUUCGGCAGCAGGGUCGUCUUGGAAGAUCCUUCGGGAAGGUCAUUAUCCGUGACCAACCACCAUCUAACACUGUUCAGAAGAUCAUAGCUCUUAAGAAGGCUAUGCGUGACAUGGAGAACUAUCUCCAAAACAUUAAUGUCAUUCUUCUAAAAUUACGCACUAUUGUUCUUUCGGGUCAUCCUCAGAUAACUAAUGAAGUUGCCCUAGUCCUGUUAUCAUCUGCAACAAUCCUGUUGAUUAUCCCUUUUAAAUACAUCCUUGCGUUUUUCACAUUUGAUAUGUUUACACGUGAAUUGGAUUUCCGGAGGGCAACGGUCUUAAAGUUCAGGAGAUUUUUGAGAGAUCGAUGGGAAACAGUGCCUGCUGCUCCAGUUGUAGUAUUACCAUUUGAAAAUGACCAAAAGGGAUCGACGCAUCUCGACAAGGAAAUCAAUAAAUUGGAAGCACAAAAGAAAUCGAAGUGAAGAGCUUAUCUAAGGCACAGAAGGUGGCUAUAUAAUCAGAUACAAUAGAGCAAGUAAAGACUUCACUACGGUGGGAUCAUCAUAAAAAGUAUCUUCAACGGAAAUUUUCAAAGAAGUCAAGGAGUAAUUUGUUGUCGAACAAAUUUCUCGCCCCAACAGUAGUACUCGUCAGUCCUGAUUCAUGGCAGCAAGUUCGGAUUGGAGUUUUCAUCACAGCAGGCUGUUGUGCGGUUCCUAUUCCUGCGAAGCUAUGUCUUCCUCGGAAAAAUGAACUGAAGUUAUUGCUGUUGCUGGUUGUCUAAGACCCAAGUAUUUCGAGGUGCUACUGCAGCAACCUUUUGUGCAGGUAUUAUUGUUUGAGUUGUCAAAUGAGCAGCCAGCAACAAUACAACUAGUAGCAUUUGCUGAUAAUCUGAGUUGUCAUUCAGCGCAAUGCGGAGCUGUUAAAAGUCGUUGAUCUACCCGAUGGUGGCUUGAUGGUUGGCUGUACCCGCACCCCGGUACUCUUGUAUUACGGCAUUAUUCAAAAAGAUGAGCUUUAUUUUCUUUUCCGAUCUCGUAUGUGAAAUGGAUGAGAGACAUCGCGGCUCAUUUGAUUACUCGAUAGGAUAUGAAAAGAUGUGAUUAAUAUGGCUAUAUACUUGUAUGAAUUCUUUUCCUAUUAUUCUUUAUAUAAAACCAUGAAUAUAUGCUUUUAUCUUUAUUUCAACUAGUUUUGUUCAAGAAUAUAAGUGUAAAAAUGAGGUAACGGUAGCGAUCAUGAUAACAGAACAGGGAUGCGGUAAUGGGAGUGAUGCGGUUAUCAUAACGUCUAAAUAUCAGUCAAGUUAUAAGAUAUCCCUUGAUACGGUCCAAAACACGGUUUACACCUUUCGCGGGAAAUAUCGGGUCAUUUGUUUUGAAAACCUUUACAACGCGACCGAUGCGAAGCGGCGUUGUUUUUACGCUAUGAAUUAUGUGUACCUUUUUAUCUUUCUUAUUU